AGUAGCAAGCUUUCAUAUGUAAAAAAUAGCAGGGUAAAACACUAGACUUUAUUUAGUAAAAGUCAACAAAUAAAUCAUUCGAGCAGGGCCGCAGUGUCUGGAACCAGAGGCAUGAAUACGAGCUGAUCGCCCUGCAGAGCAUCUAUGAUUCAUAGGAGUUUAUCCAGGAUAUGAAGAAGCCUGCAGGAGAGAUUCAGGUGUGGCUUGAGCUUCCUGCUGCCUUUAAAAGGAUUCAGAAUUACGAUUCUGAUCUUUAAGCUUCCCGCAGUAUGAAGGUUCUUUCCUUCCACCAAUACUUUAACCUUUAGAUUUCCUGAUGAUUACCCACCCUUCUCUCCACCCUCCCUCCUUCACUCCGAUCUGCAGCUGACUGACUCAACCAAAGGAGUUGCUGGGAAGCAGCUGUUGUAGCUCUGCUGUCACUUGGAGCUAGAUGAAUAUGGACUUGGAAGAGCAGGAAAACGAACUGCUUGCUCUGCAGAGCAUAUUUAGUUCAGGAGAGUUCCUCCGAAAUGAGUCAGAGUCUGCCGGAGAAUUCCGAGUUUCUGUGGAGCUUCCUGCGGGAUUCAGUGUGCUCCUGAACAAUGGUGAAACAACGAGGCAAUAUGAAGUCUCUUUCCUUCCACCACUACUGUUAACCUUUACACUUCCUGAUGAUUACCCAUCCUCCUCCCCUCCUUCCUUCACUCUCACCUGCAGCUGGCUGACUCAGUCACAGCUAAUGUCACUAAGUAAUCAGCUGACUGAGCUCUACCAGGCCACUGGUGGCACUGUGGUGCUCUUCUCCUGGAUGCAGUUUCUGAGAGAGGAUGCCCUGAAGCACCUAGAUAUCCACACUUUGCUGGAGCUUCCUUCUGAUUCAUCUAAGACUCCUCAAAUAAACCAAAUCAAACAGGAUGAUGAUUCUGAAGCCGGCGAACAGAAACGCAAUCCAAAAUCUGGAUCUCUAAAUGCCCAGAAUCACUUGUCAGCUAACCUCUCAUCUGGAGAUGCUGUGAACAAUUCAAACUUCAGACUUUCUAAAAGCUCUGAAUCUACUGAUAACUGCCAGAAAGAUUUAUCCUCAAAAGCAGAAAAACCUGAACUUCCUGGGUCUGUUUCAGUCAGACAGGAAGUGGUCCAUGGCAUCAAUCCAAAUAAAGACCAAGAGUACUCGGGUCUCUCUUUGACUCCAUCCCAGAUGCUUCUCUCCCAGAUUUUGAUCCAUGAUGCAGAUCAGAAACAGAAGGUGUUUGCUUCCAGGCUGUUUGACUGUGGUGUUUGUUUCUCGAACUGCCUUGGAUCAGAGUGUGUGCAGCUGUACGAAUGUGGCCACAUCUUCUGCCGGGCCUGUCUCAGAGAUUUCUGUAAAGCCCAGAUUACAGAGGGGAAUGUUGGGGGAGUUACGUGUCCUCAGCCGGACUGCCCUGCCACACCAACCCCUGCGCAGGUGAAAUGUCUUGUGGGAGAGGAGCUCUUUCACAGAUAUGAUCAACUUCUUCUUCAGUCUACCCUGGACCGCAUGCCUGACAUCACAUACUGUCCUCGGCAUUCUUGCGGAGCUGCUGUUAUUUUGGAGAAGUCCUACCAGGCAGCGAUGUGUUCCGUCUGCAGCUUUGCCUUCUGUGUAGACUGCAAAAAGACAUACCAUGGAACAAGCAAGUGUUAUGAAGAACCUAAAAUGUCUGAACAGAUGAGUGAAGAUCCACUCAAGGGUCCGCCACAGACAGCGGAGGGAAUGAAGGCACUUCUUGAGGACUAUGCCAAAGGCAGCAAGCGGAGGCGUCACCUCCUGGAGAGAAGAUAUGGCCGUAAAUUGCUUCUCUAUACCAUUGAGAAGCAUGCAACUUCCAUGUGGAUAGCUGGAAAUACCAAACCCUGCCCUCACUGCUUCUGCCCAAUACAGAAAGAUGGUGGAUGCAACCGCGUGUAUUGCACUCAGUGUUACCGGCCAUUUAACUGGCAGUGACUCUUUAAACUGGAGUCUGAGGUUUCAUUCAGAUCUUUGAAAUCACAGGAUCAUAUGGUGUCCUGCAAGGAUGCUGCUAUCAAGUUCGUGGCCCUGGACCAGAAAAAAAAAAAUAAAAAGGAGGAUCAUGAAUUUGUCUGUUAAUCAGGAUACAUGGGCUUCAGUGUGGGACAGGAGAAAUAAGGGAUAUGUAAUAAUUUUGCAGCAGUUUGGGAUUACGCAGAGAAGCUUUCCUUUGGAAGUUAAAAUUCUUACUUCAAAUUUAGUUCUUAGUUUCACAAAAUUUUCACUUUUGUCUUCAAAUUGAACCUCACGACUGAAUCUUCACUGACAUUGAAUUUUAAAAUGGUGCCUCUGGACUUUAAAUGUCAAAGUUUGGAUCUCAUAAUUAAUGCUGUAUUCAGAUAAAAUAAUUAACUUGUAUAACAAAAGUAUGAAUUUGAAAAUAAUAUUUUUUUUAUUUUUAGUCUGAUAUUUAUGACAUUGUUUCACAAGUUUAUGUCUUUACAUCUCACACUGUGUUGCUCAAAACCAAAUUUUUCUUACCUUUAAAUCAUUAUACAUAGUUACUGGUGCCCCAAACAUUCAGUGUAUGUUUUACUUAGUAAUUUCAGCGUGAAUUAAAUUUUUAUUUCCCUGGGGUAUUUAUUAGACAUAACACAGAAGUUUAUUUUUUCAGUCAGUCGACUGAAAAUCUGACAUUCGAGUAUGGUAUGCAUUUAAAAUUCAGGAAAUGGGGUGAUAUAGUUCUAGACUUUGGAUUAAGUAAUUGUCUGAUGCUAAAGGACAGCGGUAAACAUGAAACCAAAAUACCAUCUGCAAGAACAAAUCCUUGAUUAACCCUGCAG